CAACGAGUUAGCCUUCUGAGAGAUUUGUGACACCUGUGUCCUAUUUGCAGAUGCUGGUGAUGCUCUAAAGCUUCCUCUCUUUACAGGACUCAAGAUGUCAGAAGAACCAGAGGCCCCCCUCUCUCUCUCCGACUGCCAUUGUAACAUCUGCAUGGACAUUUUCCUGGAACCGGUGACAUUGCCGUGCCUCCACACUCUCUGCAAUUCCUGCUUCCAGUUCACGGUGGAGAAGGCCAGCUUGUGUUGCCCCUUCUGCCGCCGGAGAGUGUCUUCUUGGGCUCGGUAUAACGCCCGCAAGAACACCCUGGUUAAUUCAGAACUGUGGGCAAAGAUUCAGAAAUACUUCCCAGAGGAAUGCCAGCGCAGGAUUAGUGGGCAGGACGUAGUAGAAGAGGCUUGCUUGCCUCUACCAGUUCGCUGUUUAAGUGAGCCUGGAGAAUUAAGGCAGGAAUAUGAAGCUGAGAUAACCAAGGCAGAAGCAGAACGACAAGCUCACGAACAAGAAGAGAGAAAAGCCAGUGAAGAGUAUAUUCAGAAACUGUUAGAAGAAGAGGAAAAAGAGCAGAGGUUAGCAGAAGAAAGAAAAAAGCAGAUGGAAGAACAGUUAUUACAAGAUGAAAUGUUGGCACGUGAGCUCAGUUUUAGUUUGAAUAACCUUACUGAGGAGCAUGUGCUCAAGGAUCUGUCUCCUGGCCUAUCUCCUGAUCUCCGCAGAACAUCAACAAACAAAUCAAGCAAUUCUGGGGACAUUAAAAAGUAUUUGUCUCCAAAGUCCUUGCGAUUUCCUUACCUCCUAAAUUGCUUCUUAUCGAAAAAUGAAGUAUUGCAAAUAGCUUACAUAGGGGAGCAAGAAGAAGAAACGGAUGAAAAUGCCCACUACUCUGUCUCCAAAACUAUGUAUCAGUGA